GAGGGGGCAUCAUUCCGGAGAGGAGAAGAGGACAUCCCAAAUACCCACAGGAGGAAGGCAGAGUCCGGAAGACAUGGCCAGGAUACGGAUGAACUGCUCCAUGACUGCAGCGUUUCUGAUCAUUCAAACAAUAUUCCUGCUCUUGCUAUACUCCAAACAGAACGCCGUUCUACCGAACGCGGAGGGAAAAGAAGGGAAGGUCCAUAUCCUCAUACUGUCUUCCUGGAGGUCUGGCUCUUCUUUCGUUGGUCAGCUCUUCAGUCAGCAUCCAGAUGUCUUUUAUUUGAUGGAACCGGCUUGGCACGUCUGGGUGUCCAUGUUUCAAAACAGCGCCCGUGUCCUCCACAUGGCAGUGAGGGACUUGAUCCGAUCAGUCUUCCACUGUGACAUGUCUGUGUUUGACGCUUACAUGCAAAAAGAGAGGAACGUGUCGCACCUGUUUCAGUGGGCCGUCAGCCGGGCUUUGUGUUCGUCCCCCGUGUGCGACCUUUACGAACACGAUGGGAUUUCCAAUGAGAUGGCAUGCAAAACACUUUGCGGAAAACAGCCGUUCGCUAAAGUGGAGGAAGCGUGCAACACGUACAGCCAUGUCGUCGUCAAAGAAGUUCGGCUAUUCGAUGUGCAAGUACUGUAUCCGCUCCUGACGGACCCAUCGCUGAAUCUGAAGAUCAUUCACCUGGUUCGGGACCCCCGAGCUGUCGUUAAAUCUCGUGAACAGUCAGUGAAGGCUCUGGCCCGCGACAACGGCAUUGUCCUCAACACCAAUGGCACUAAAGUAGAUGACGGCAAGUAUGAAGUCAUGCGGGAAAUCUGCAGAAGCCACGUCCAAAUCUACGAAACGGCCAGCUUCAAAGCACCAACCUUCCUCAAGGAGCGCUACAUGCUGGUGCGCUACGAGGAUGUGGUCCGCAACCCCUUAAUCGAAAUCAAAGAAAUGUACAAAUUUGCAAAACUCAAACUCACCAGCAAGCUGCAAAGUUGGAUCUACAACAUCACUCAUGGUCGGGGUCCAGGGCACAAAAAGGAAGCGUUCAGGACCACGUCACGGGAUGCAGUAAACGUGUCCCAAGCUUGGAGGACUUCCCUUACUUUCCAGAAGGUCAAGAAGAUCCAGGAUGUGUGUAAAGGAGCGAUGGGGAUGCUCGGGUACCAGCUGGUGGACACGGAGGCAGAGCAGAAGGACCUGUCUCAUGAUGUCGUGUUACCAAGGCGACAGUAUCACUUCAGCUGGUCCUCAUCUGAAGAACCCAACUGAAAAAAGACACUUUUGGGAACGUUUUAUUUAUUAUUUGAAACUCU